AUAUGGACUAAACUUCUCUCUCUUUCCCAUUUCACAUUGUUCUUUCUUUCAUCCUUCAAUUCAAUCUGAGUUUCAACCUUGAAGACCAUCAUGAGCAAUAGAGAAGGGGGAGAAUAUAUUUGUAACAUCACACACACCACUGAAGUUGUAAAUGUGUCUCUAGAGAACAUUUUAAAGGGAUAUACAUUAGAAGGACAUUGGGAAGAAGUUAAGAAAUUAUACAAUUUAGAUCCUAACUUCAGCACAAUGGAGAUCAACAAAAGUAGAGGAACAGCACUACAUGUGGCAGUAAAUGAUGGCAAUGAGGAAGUUGUUAAAAGUCUUGUGAAUUCAAUCUUAUGUCACAAAAAUGAGAAGGAGGCCCUUAAAUGUAAGAAUGAAAAAGGUGACACUCCUUUGCACCUUGCAGCAUCAAGAGGAUUCAAAGAUAUAUGUGAAUGUAUCAUAGGAGAAUGUGGUGAAAGAAAGGAUUUGAUUGACAUUGAUAACAAUAAUGGUGAAAGUCCUUUAUUUCUUGCUGCAUUGUCUUGGCAAAAACAAACUUUUGUGUAUCUCAUCAAGUUUAAACCAGGUAGAAGUGAUUGUGGUGGUAACUAUUCUUAUAAAGAUCUUAUUCGAAACAAUGGGGAUAGUAUUCUUCACUGCACCAUCCAGAGAGAAUUUUUUGAUUUGGCAAUUAUAAUAAUACACAAAUAUCCAGAUCUUAUCGUCGUUCAAAACAAACUUGGAUUUAGUCCUGUCAAACUUCUUGCUACUAGGCCCUCAGCCUUCAAAAGCGGAUACAAGAUGAUAUGGUGGAAGAAGAUUCUUUACCACUGUAUACCUGCGGGAACCCUAAACGUUGAUGAAGCAAUCGAAUAUUGUCAGCUGAAGCAUGAGCCAAAACCACAAGAAUCAUGUCCAAAGAACUACGACACAUGUUAUCUACUUAUAAGUUUUGCUAAGGAAAUGCUGCAGAAGAAACAAACUACUUAUAAUGCUGCAAAUGGAUCUAAAAAUAUGGGAAAGAAAGACAAUUGGUUAACAUCUGAAUGCGAGCUUCUUCCAGAAAACUAUGCCACAUGUCUAGCCACAUGUCUUUGGUUUUUGAAGUUUGUAUACAUCUAUACCCUUGGCCUUUCAGGAGUUGGGGUUGAAGAAAUUAAAAAGAUGAAGCAAAAGCACAAAUGGAGUGGUCAACUCUUCAACAUAUUUAUGAAGAAUAAGAUUUUUCAAGAAUUUGGGUUGAAUCCUUUUGAGUCGUACGUGGGAAGCGGCGCCAAACCAAUAGGAGAUGUGAGUGGAACAGAUAUCGUGUAUGCUAAUUUCAACCCAAAUCAAGAGGAUUCAGAAGAAGACGCAUUUUUGCGUGCAGCAAAAUUUGAAGAUAUUGCAUUAGAUGAUACACCAUAUUUGUGUGCAGCAAAACAUGGCAUAACCGAAAUCAUGCUUGUACUUGAAUCUAAACUAAAAAGUGUCAUCUAUGAUACUAACUCUAACAAUGAAAAUGCAUUACUUAUAGCAGUGAAGUAUAAACACCCGCUAGUUGUUGAGGGGUUGUGGAAGAGGCUUUCUAUGGAAACCUUUGAGAGCUUAAGUCUAGCAGUGGAUAACGAUGAAAACACCAUUUUACACUUGGCUGCAUAUCGAAGCAUCAACAACGAAAACUCUUGGAAAGUAUCUGGUGCGGCCAUGCAAAUGAUGUGGGACAUCAAGUGGUAUAAGUACAUUAAAGGACUAGCACCAGAUCAUUUCAAUCAUAGAAGCAACAAAAAUAACAAAACGCCAAGUGAACUAUUUAAGGAGAAACGCAAAGAACUUCUACAAAAUAGCACUCAGUGGUUAAUAGAAACAACACAAUCAUGCUCAGCUGUAGCAGCAAUCGUUGCCGGCAUCUCCUUCGCAACAUUAAGCAGUGUCCCCGGAGGCAAUAAGGAAACAGGGAAAUCAUCAUCAGAAGAACAUACUGCAUUAGAAGGAUUCGCAAUAUCUUCAUUAAUUGGAGUUUACUUUUCUGUCACUGCACUCAUCUUGUUCCUUUCUAUACUCAUUGAUCGAAAACAAGUCGAAGAUUUUGAUAGAAACUUGCCACUUAAGCUUCUUAUUGGCCUAACUUCUGUCUUCGUAUCCAUUGUCGCCGUGUUUGUUUCUUUCUGUACCGGCCAUUUCCUUACGCUCUCGGAUAAAUAUACCAUGGGUGGUAUCUUAUUCUAUUUAUAUGUUCUCAUUUGCUUGCCUGUCACUCUCUAUGCACUUGUUCAGUUUCGGUUAUAUGUUGAUCUUGUUAAAGUUCUUUGGAAGAAGGUGCCACCACCAAGUAUUAAGGGUGUUAAGUUGUAGAAGUGUUUAUUUAAUUGUAUUGCUGUGUGGAUUGAAACUUAUGAGUUUGGUUUGUACUUGAAUAAUGUGUCUUGUGUGUUUAUUAUGUUUGGAGUACUGGCCGUGUGGUGUGAAUGUAGUGUGAUUUGACUCUAUUUGUAUCAUUAUAAGGUGUGAUAAGAA